AUGGUUUCUCCCAAAAGAGAGGCUGAGGAGACGUUAGAAAAUGCAACUAGUAUCAAAAAGUCUAGAGCAGGAACCCCCUUUGGAAGAACGGAUCCUGCAUUUGAUAUAGGAAACUCAGAACCAGGAUUUGAUGAAGCAUCAGGUGCACAAGGAGGGGAGGACGUUUCAACACCUUUUGGACAACAACAGUUAGGCACAGAAUUUGAAGUAUUGUCAUUACCGAAGAAUGCACCACCAAGUACAGAUCUACAAAGGAGUGAUAGUGGAUUAUCAUUACCCAAGAAAGGUGAAAAGAAAAGAGGUAAACCUCCAGGGAAAACUAAUCAAAGUGGUAGUGUGUCUGCACAACAAAAGAGUAAUGCAUCAUCCUCUUCUACUGGUGCUGGACCACAAAGUUCUAAAAACUCACAGUCAGAUCCUAACAAGAUGUCAGAUGUUUUGUUUUCAGCAGGGGUUGAUAUUAGAGAAGAAGAAGCUUUGUUAAAUUCAUCUGUGAAUGCAUCAAAAUCACAUUUACAGUCAACUGAUGUUAAAAUACCAUCACAUCCACCAUUUUUGCACCCUGACCAAGUAAACCAAUUCAUGAGAAAAGUAUGUAAGGAGCAAAACUUUUCACAGAAUUUUGCCAAAAAUCCUGAAAUUUUACGAAUGAUGUCAAGCGCUUGUGAAUCCUACAUGAGAGACGUAAUUACAAAUUCAUUGAUCAUUUCACGACAUAGGAGGAAAGCAGUAAAGAUUAAUUCUGGUAGAAGGAGUGAAACUUCCGUGGCACUAAAAUCCAUUGCCAUGAAUCAGAAGAAAGAAGAAGAAAGAAGAGUCAAAAAAAGAGUUGCACUUGGGUUAGAAAAGGAAGAUUUAGAAAAUAAAAUGGAUUCUGAAGAAACUCUGCAUAGAGCAUCAAAUGUUACUGCUGGUCUCCGGGCUGGUUCAAAGAAACAGUACGGUUGGUUAACGUCUUCUACCAGUAAGCCAACUUCGCUUGGGGGAUUGACUUCAGGUAAAGUUGCAUCCGCUGUAGCAGCAAGAGGUGAUACUGGACUGCGAUUCCGUGAGGCAAGAGAAGAACCAGGUAUAGUGAUGAGAGAUUUACUAUAUGCAUUGGAAAAUAGAAGAAACGGUGUUCACAAUGUUAUUUCCAAGGGUUACGCUCGAAUUAGGGAUUGA